ACGCGCAGGCUGAGCGCCGUCCCCGCGCCAUGGCGUCCGAGCGGCUCCCGAGCCGGCCCGCCUGCCUGCUGGUGGCCAGCGGCGCCGCCGAAGGUGUGUCGGCCCAGUCCUUCCUCCACUGCUUCACGAUGGCCAGUGCCACCUUCAACCUGCAGGUGGCCACCCCUGGGGGCAAGGCCAUGGACUUCGUGGGUGUGACCGAGAGCAAUGCCCGCUGGGUGCAAGACUUCCGCCUGAAGGCCUACGCCAGCCCUGCGAAGCUUGAGUCCAUCGACGGUGCCCGGUACCAUGCCCUCCUGAUCCCCAGCUGCCCUGGGGCCCUGGUCGACCUGGCCAACAGCGGGUCGCUGGCGCGAAUCCUGCAGCACUUCCACUCUGAGAGCAAGCCCAUCUGUGCUGUUGGUCACGGCGUCGCUGCCCUGUGCUGUGCCACCAAUGAGGACAGAUCCUGGGUGUUCCAUGGCUAUAGCCUGACAGGGCCCCCGGUGUGUGAGCUUGUCAGGGCCCCUGGCUUCGCCCACCUGCCGCUCAUCGUGGAGGACUUUGUGAAGGACUCGGGCGCCAGCUUCAGUGCUAGCGAGCCUGAUGCCACGCACGUCGUGCUGGACCGCCACCUCGUCACAGGCCAGAACGCCGGCUCCACCGUGCCUGCCGUGCAGAACCUGCUCUUCCUCUGCGGCAGCCGGAAAUGAGCCUGCUGGGUGGACGUCACCACCUGCGAACAGCCCAAAUGUCCGCCUCCGUGAGCCUCCAGGGACCCUGCCUCUUCCUCCCAGCAAGGGACCCUCGACCCUCGAUGACGGCGCGGUCUGGUCCCGUGGGAUUGUCAGGCCUCCAGGAAUGAGCUGUGGGGGUGUCGGCUCUCAGGUGGAGGGACUGAGCCCCCGACCCCCUGCAUGUUUUCCUCAGGUAGGAGGCAGAGAUGAGACCCAGGCCCCGCAGGAGCUGUGCUGGCCAGCGGUGGUCCCCGAGACGCCCAGGCUGAGCGUGCGGGGAGAGCCGGCUGGCUGGAGGGGUCAGCCACAGGCGUCCUGGGUGGGGGCUUGCUCUGCUGCGGCCUCUGCUGCCCACCACCCUUUAGCUGUAGGGGCUUCGGGGAGCUGGCUCAGAACGCCUCAUCUUGACCAGAGGUGGACAGGGAAACUUCUGGUAUGUGUGGCCUCCUGUCCCCAGACAGGCUGGUGCUGGCAGCACUUUUCUGCUGAAGAAACUGCCCUAACUUGAACCCCUGCCUGGCGGUGGUUUCAGAAUGUAAUGGGGACCCGGUCUAAGCUCUGGGUUGGUCCUGGGGCACCUCAGCGUGGAUGCAGUGAUGUUGUCCGUCCCACGUGAGCGCUGCGGGAAAGUUAGUUUGGUUGUGAAUCUCGUACCAAUGUGAGGUUCUCCGCGAGCAAGUUGCCACUCCCCACAGCCCCGGCCAGAGUGGCCUCAGGCGAGUGGACAGUGCCACCCCUGCCUCCCAGACAGGCCUUUACUGGGAACCCGCUUCCCUCCUGGGCACUGCUCAUUCAGCCCCCGGGGGCUGCCCGUUGGUCCUGGAGUAGCCCCUCUGCGAGUGGCUCAGGCCCCCUCGUCCCCCACCCUGAGCUUGUUCUUCGCCUUUCUCCGGCCACCUCCCCGGCUCAGCUUGUCCGACGGCACGGCUGUCCUGCAGUGACCUGGAGGGAGGCCCCUGCUGAUCCCAAAACUGUCCGAUAAGGAAAAUUGAGAACAAAGUGGAAGAAGGAAGCCGGGCACGUCCCUGUGCUCGGAGGCCACCUCCCCCACCCUCCAGCGUCUCUAGGCCGUGGCCAGGAAGAUGCUCCUGCACCCGGCCGUGGGCGCAGUCUGUCGCACGUCUGCUGUCUUCCCCGUGUGGCGGAUGUCUCUGGACACAAGCUUCUUAGACUAAGAUCGUGCCUCAGUGUCUCAGUCCAUUCAGACUGUUACGACAAAAUGCCAUAAAUCGGGUGGCUUAUAAACAACAGAAAUCUAUUUCUCAUCGUUACGGAGGCGAGAAGCCCAAGAUCAAGUUACCAGCGCUAAUCCCAUUGGUGAGGGCUCCACCCCAUGACCUCAUGGCCUCCCAAAGGCCCCACCUCCUAAUACCAGCACCUUAGCAGUGGGGAUUUCAACAUGUGAGUUUGGGGAGACACGUUCAGACCGCAGCGGGAUGUAUCGUAGAGGCAACGGUGCAGAGCGCCUCUGACGGAGCCCCGCUCAGGCCACGGCACGUGUGUGUGGGAGCAGGUGAGCUGGGCUCUGACGCCCUGCAGGUCUCUUCCUUCUGCGGCCACGUGCAAGGGGUGGGCCCGCUCCAAGGGCCUCCCCACUGCACUCCGUCCUCUCCGGGGGCUGGGCGGGGGCUAGGGUGGCCCACCAGGCUGGGGACGAGACUAGAAAAGGGGUAAAACCUCAAAAGUGGCAGCUGGGUGGGUGAGGGUUUCCCCACAUGCCCAAUGUGUGUUAACAGACCCCCACGUCUACCCGG